AUGUCGAGCGAAGAUCUGCCGUCAGCCGACGCGGCGCCGGACCCGGAUUCCGGAGGCAAUACCGGGCUCGAGGCUCUGGCCUGUGUCUCGUGCCGGGCCCGGAAGUUGAAAUGCGAUCGGAUAAAACCGGCGUGCACAAGGUGCACCAAAGUGAAGUCGGAGUGCUCGUAUCCGGAAUCGAGGAGGAAGCCCGCUUUCAAGCGGAGAAACGUGAAGGAGCUCGAGGAGCGCCUGGCACAAGUCGAGGUCUUACUGAAAGACGCGCCCAGCAAGCCCAAGGCUGGUGCUUCCUCCUCUGAGGCCGCUCCACAGAACGUGUCGCCUGCUCAAGGCUCAUCCGCCCAGGACCAAGGCUCAAGGCACUCAUCAGUUCCUGACGUUGCAGAUAAUCCCUUCAGCUGGGAUUAUACCGGCGGAGUUCCCGGGCAAGGCGCGAAUGGGGUUCCCAGUGGCAGUGACCGAGGGUCUGGACCGUUUGCCUACUUUGAUAACUUAUUGUCGGGUGCGAGCCAAAGACCGCCCAGGGCAGACAAUGCGGGUGCGUCGCGAAACGAGCUGCUCGGCCUGGGGCUGUUUGAGGCCCUGCCUCCGACGGAAAUGAUUGAAGACCUGCAUAGGACCUUCUUUAUGAAGCAGCACCCGUUGAAUCCCAUUAUCCACCCUGGCCGGUACAUGCAAGCCUAUCAUUCUGGAUUACAUCUCCGCCCGCCGAUGGCGCUCAUAUAUGCCGUCUGGACGAUGGCUUCAAAUGGCCACGAGAAGUAUUCGGCAUACCACGAUGCAUUCCACCGUCGUGCUCGUCACUACCUCGAGGAGGACGAGCUGAGGGGCGAGGGUGAGCACUUCAUCACGGUGGCUCACGCGCAGGCUUGGGCACUCAUCGCUACAGAUGAGGCUCGCUGCAUGUGGUUCACUCGAGCGGCCAUGAGUACCGCCCGCUGUAUCAAGCUGAUCCACAUGAUGGGCUUGCAUCGACUGGAUGACCCCAAUGCGGCGGCAGAAAUGGCACCUACAAUUGCCCCUCCAAGAGACUGGACCGAACUGGAGGAAAGGAGGCGAGUGUUCUGGGGCGCAUUCUGUGUUGAUUCUCAUGCUUCCAUUAGUACAGGAUGGCCAAGUCUGAUCGACAUGAGCGAGGUCACAACCCACUUGCCCAGCUCUGAGGAGUCGUUUAACAGUUGCACGGAAGAGAAGACCUGCCGGAUCGAAGAGGUGUUUACAGGCUCAUCAUAUUCAUCUUUCGCCGGAGCUGCAGUCAUCUGCCACAUUUUCAACCAGAUUCUCAAGCAUGUUCACCGCUCCAAGCCCGAUGACGGCCGCGACGACUUCGACUACGGGAGGUACUGGAACAAACAUCGGGAGCUUGACAACAUACUCUCUAGCGCCUUCAUGUUCCUCCCAGAGCGUUUCCGGCUACCUAACAGUAUGCGAGACCCUGUUGCUGUUCACACGAAUCUCAACCUACACGCGUCGAUUAUCUGUCUCCAUAACAGUGCCUAUGAGAUGACAAAGGAGCACGACCUGCCCGACCAUGUCAAGCAGACAAGCAAGACUCGCGUCUUGACAGCUGCUCAAGAGAUUGUCACUAUCGUCAAAGUGACCAGCCAUUCAAACGCGGGGUAUAGGAGUCCACUCGUCGCUCUCGCUCUCUACGUUGCGAGUUCAGUUUACACUACCAUGGCACAGGACGAGGGAAUGCAACCGAGCCACACCGCAAACCUUGAGUUCCUCUUGGUAGCAAUGAAUGCCAUCGGGAAAGAGCACAUAAUCACCAGGUCGUUCCUCACCCAGGCCAUCCUCGAUCUCCAACGAGCCGGGCUUAUCGGCCUCGUCCGCAUACCUCGAAUUGAUUUGCCUGACACGACCAAGAUAGUAACGGCGUGCGGCAACAACAUACCCCUUUUCGCCAGAUCCAAGUUCUCAAGAAGCGCAGACAUACAACCACCUCUGCCCGGAAGAUUACCCUUGAGCAACCCGGCCACCAUCCAAUCCAUGGAGAACCAAAUCAGACAGGUCCUACACUGGGACCUCGAAGUGCCCGGCCGCCGGGAAGGACAAGACACUGGCAACGCAAACAAGCGCAAGCGCAUAGCCAUCUCUCCAGAGCCGACCUCCGCGCCGCAGGACUUCACUCCCUCGCUCUGGUUCCAGCCGACGCAGGCCGCCGAGGUCAUCUCGUCCUCCUCGGAUGCCACGACCCGGGGCUCGUCGCUGUCGUCGGCCUCGGUCGAGGAGAAGUCGCCGGCCGGCCGCCCCGCCAACGCCGCGCAGUUCCGGCUCCCGCACCGCGGUGGCUCAUCGGCGGGCUCGUCGCCGUCCGCCGCGGCCAACAGCGCCUCGACGCCGACGACACAGCCCAGCUCGGGCGUCAGCCCCAGGACGGCGGGCGCGGGCCAGCAGGGGGCUAUAUCCGCAACCACGGCCGCGGCGACGUUGCCAGGGGCUCAGGAGAUGGCCAAUCCCUUCGCAACAGAUUCUGUGGAUAUGAAUUUCUUCCAGAGCCUGAAUGCGUGGGAUGGAUCCGGGGACCCGGCGCAGGACCCGGCUGUCUUGUUCUCCCAGGUCACGGCGGCCAUCCAGGGCGGCGGCUUCGGUGCCGCCCUGGAUGACGAUAGCUGGAUGAUGAUCAACGACGCCGGGGGCGGCGGGGGCGGCGGUACGUGGGACACCGGGCAGGGUGGGGCGGGGGGUGUUGGGUAG